AUGGCUAAUAUAGCUGCCAAACGUAUUAAAAGAGAGUUUAAAGAAGUCAUGAAAUGUGAAGAGGUGGCAGGUGGUGCACUUAAAUUGGAAUUGGUCAAUGAUAGCUGGACAGAGUUAAAAGGUCAAAUUGUUGGUCCCCCUGAUACUCCUUAUGAAGGAGGAAUAUUUCUUCUUGAAAUAAAAGUACCAGAAACAUACCCCUUUAAUCCACCCAAGAUUCGCUUUAUGACAAAGAUAUGGCAUCCUAAUGUAUCAUCCGUGACUGGUGCAAUCUGUUUGGAUAUUUUGAAAGACCAGUGGGCUGCUGCAUUAACACUGCGUACAGUUCUUCUAUCCAUUCAGGCAUUGCUCUCUGCAGCUGAGCCAAAUGAUCCUCAAGAUGCUGUUGUUGCAAAGCAAUAUAGAGAGAGCCCGCAACUUUUCAAUUUAACAGCAAAACAUUGGACAAAUGUCUAUGCAGGUGGGCCAUGUAUUAUAGGUGAUUUCAAUCGAAAGGUGCAACUAUUGAGCGAUAUGGGUAUUGAUGAACAUCAAGCUAGAGUUGCUUUAUCAACAUUUGAUUGGGAAUUGGAGAGAGCCACAGAACAGCUUUUUAGU